UUGUUUUCCUCGAAGAGCUUAAUAACAAGUGAUUGUUUGAAGAUAUUUAUUUUAGUUUUUCUACGUCUAUCGUGCGUCUAUAAUAUCGAUAAACGCGUAAAUUAAGUGCAUAAAUCGUUAGUAGAUUGGGAAACAUGCGAAUUUAGUGAAAAUAUUAGUGGCAAUGAAGCAUUAAGCAAAAAAUUUAAAGUUUUUUAAAAAUAAUUUUCUACUUUUUACACUACUAUCCAAUAAUCGAUAACUAGGUACGAGAAUUAAAUAAAUAUAUGAAAAGAAUCAAAAUACACACAUCACAAUGGAAGACUAUAAGUUUUUAUUUAAAGUUGUUUUAAUCGGAAAUUCAGGUGUUGGAAAGACAUGCUUAGUCAGACGGUUUACACAGGGAGUAUUUCCAAAAGGCCAAGGAGCUACAAUUGGAGUUGAUUUUAUGAUAAAAACAUUGGAGGUAGAAAACAGUGCUGGACAACGUGAAGCAGUCAAAUUACAGAUUUGGGAUACAGCUGGUCAAGAAAGAUUUAGAUCAAUUACUCAAAGUUACUAUAGAAGUGCACAUGCAUUAAUUCUCGUAUAUGAUCUAUCAUGUCAGCCAACAUUUGAUGCAUUGAAUGACUGGAUACGAGAAAUUCAAGAAUAUGCUAAUCCCAAAGUCUUAAAAAUUCUUGUCGGCAAUAAAACUGACCGAGAUGAUAGAGAAAUUCCGGUUCGUGUAGGUGAAGAGUUUGCAAAAGCUCACGAUAUGUACUUCCUCGAGACAUCAAGUAAACAAGGAGAGAAUGUCGAGAAAUUAUUUUAUGAAAUUGCAGCUGAGCUUAUUGAGCAAGCAAGACAAAAAGGGGGUCUUUCAAGAAACCAUCAUAAUUCGAGUGUUACUAAUUUAGGAAUGAAAAAUAAUAUUAGCAGUUUCCAAUCAAAUUGUUGUAGUGGUGGUGUCGGAACUAAUAAUAACAGUAGCAAUUAAAUGAGUGUAAAGCUUAGCUUUUUAAAAAAUUAAUAAUUUUACCAAUAUAUUAUUAUCAUUGAACUUAGUGUAUAAUCUGUACAUCACUUUGCAGUAAACACUUUUACCAAACAUCACCACCUAGAAUGUAUUUUUGACAUGAACUUAUUCGUAACUUUUUGAAACGAAAUUUAAUUACUUUACUUCUACCUACUUAAAAUUAUACAAGAGCGAGUCUUGAAGGAUCCAUUACUGACUGUUCAAUUUAAAGUACCUAGAUAACAUUUAAUAUUCUUAUUUUUAUUUAUCACUAUUUUAGACUAAAUUGAGUUGAAACUAGUUAAUUCCUUCAUAUUUCUGAAGGCAUGUGCGUAUUGUUGCCGUUCUGUCCUUUUGUAUUCAAAAACGACACGUUAGAUUGAGACUAGGACGAGCCAAAAUGCGUGUGAACUUGGUUGUAUUAUACUUUCUAUCCGUCUUUAUUUAAUUAUAUUUUGAAACAUUAAGUAUUUCAUUUAUUUAUGAUGUAUUAUUGAGCUUUUGAAAAACCUGAUAUUGUUAAAAAUUAAUUCAUUCACAUUGUGAUCAUUUUUCUGUUAAAAAAUAUUGUUUUUAAAGAUUUUAAUAAAACAAAGCAUAAUCAUUAAGAGAAGAAAAAAAAAGUAUAAUUAUCUUCGUGACUUUUUACUCCUUUUAUGAUCCGAUUCUGAACUGCUGCUGCUGCUUCGACGCUUUGAUGAUUUACUCUUGUGCUUUGAACUCUUCUUCCUUCGGCUGUCAUCAGAGUCGCUUGAAGGACUGGAUCUUUUAGUACUACUUUUAUGACUAGAUGUUUUGUGUCUACUACUUUCAUCAUCUCUUUUUCUACUAGAACUGUAAUCAUGCUUGUCCCUUUUCUUUUCAGUUGAUCUUGAGCGUCUCGAAUCACGGAUGCGAUAAUCUGAUCUAUCACGAGAUUUUUCUCUGGAAUUUCUACGUCUUUCAGGUCGUCUAUAAUUGUCAAACUUUUCUCUAGAUCUUUCUCGUACCUUUACUCUGUCUCUAGAAUCUCGUCGAUUCUGUGGCCUGUAAUUUCGUGAUCGAUCAUCAUUAAACCUUCUGUUGUUAUUAUUGUUGUAUCGAUCAUUUCUAUAAUUAUUAAAAUAUUUUGGUCGAUUAUCAAAACGAUCACGAUUAUCAUGUCUUCUUUGUGGUGAUCUAGAGCGCCGUUCCUUUCUAUCGCUAAUAUUUGAUUUACUUUCUUUAUCGUCAUCGCCAUAUAUUGUGUAAUUUCCUUUACCACGCCAUUUAAUUUUAGAUACAGACUGUGAGAAAUCAACAUGAAUACGACGAUCAUCAAUGAGAACAUUAUCCAUUUUAAAAUAAGCAUUUUCGCAUGACUUUUGCUCUUCAAACUCAAUAAAUGCAUAUUGUAAGGAAUCGCCACUUUGCUUAUCUCUAAUUACUUCACAUGACUUGAUUUUUCCGAAACGACUAAAUAUGAUUUCUAAGUCAUCAUCCGUUGUCACUGGAUUUAAUUUACAUACAAAAAGGACAUUUUCAGGUGGUGCGCAUUCUGCAUCCGGAAGAUCGCCAACAAUUUCUAAAAUAGUGGCUCGUGUUUUAGCUUCUCUUUCUUCAAGCAUUUCCUGAAUUUCAG